AUGGCUGAAAAAAGAGUUAAAUUGACUCAAGAGGAGGACAGGAUUUCGAAACUACCUGAUGCAAUCAUUACACACAUCCUCUCUUUUCUUCCCACUAGUAAGGAUUUGGUUCCAACAAUGCUCCUUUCAAAGCGUUGGAAACUCAUCUGGUAUUCAGUCCCCACUCUCUCUUUCUCUGAUCUUACAUUAUCAGACACUAAAAAGUUCUGCAAUUUUGUAGACAAUUUUUUGAAACAUCACAAAAGAGGAAUGUCUUUAAUGAGCUAUUCACUCAUCACUAGUUUUAAGCUUAAGAUGUAUUGGUAUGAUACUAGUCAAGAUGAUCACAUAGAUAAAUGGUUAGCUUUCGCAGUUGAGAAUAAAUUUAAGGAGAUAAGUAUAAAUUUCACUAAUGGUUGGUACUGCUUACCUCAAACAGUCAAUGCAGUAUAUUUGACUAUGUUGAAGUUGAGUAAGGUGAGGUUGGAUUGUCAUUACUCAUUUAGUUUUCCAUCUUUGAAAUCAUUGUCAUUGGAAAGUGUUCAUCUUCCUGAUAGUGAUGUGGUAGAUAAACUGUUGUUGGGCUCUCCUUCCCUUGAGAAUUUGCAGUUACAUUGUUGUGCUUUAAGUACUGAUGAUCUCGAGCUUAACAUACGUAGUUUAAGCCUCAAGUUCUUGGAAAUUCACCAACCUAAGAUUAUGGUGGGGCAAAUUGAAGCAGUAAAUCUUGAAUCUUUGGUACUAGAAGAUGUUUACUUUGACAAAGUAAAUUUCUCAGUAUGCAAGGCAAUCACAAAUCUCACUUUGAAUUUUGAUUGGCGAAUGAGCGAGUCGUCAUUAGUAGAAUAUGUUAUUUCAAACCUUCCUCUCCUUGAGAAUUUAGCUUUGGAAUAUAGUCAUAAGGUGGGGUUGGAGCACAUCAAAAUCUCGAAUCAGCACUUAAAAAGUUUCAAGUUAAUUUGGUUGAAUCAAGAUGAAAUUAUUGUUGUAAUUGAGUCAGCUCCAAAAUUAGAAUCAUUUUGGUACAAUGGCUAUACCAAUAUUAGUAUAUCAAUGGUGGAGUCAUCCAAUUUGUUGAAUGGAACAUUCAUAAUUCUUGACGAGCCAGAGAACUAUGACAAAAAUUGGUUUCUUAGUUUGAUGAAUUUUUUUUCAAAUCUCAAUUGUCCAUGGAAAACGAUAAGCCUGCAUGUUGACUCACCUGAGGUUCUUAUCUUUCCAGAAUACAUGAAGAGAAACUGUCAAGAAGAUUGUUUGCUGAAAUGUGUUGACUUGAAGAGAACUUUAAAGAACUGCCCAUUAUCACAUCUUUUUAUUAGUUUAAAGUCUAUGAUGGGUUCCUUCACUUUCAGUAGUCUAUGCAAUCUCAUUUGCAAAACUUACUAUGGAUCAAAGGAUUCUGCUCAAAAUUCUUCUUGUAAUCUUUCUCAUAACAAUCUUGUUGCUUGUGCGAAAGAGAAAGAGGAGCAGUGGACUAAACCAAGCUAUGCUAUGAUCAAAGUUAACGUAGAUGGAGCUCUCUUCAAUCAAUCAAAAAGCUUCGAGUAUGGCUUUGUUGCUAGAGAUCAUGAGGGUACUUUCGAAGCUUUUCAUGCUUCCAAACCAGGUAUUGUUAACCCAAAGAUUGCAGAGGCAGUACGAAUGAAGGAAGCUCUGAGCUGGAUGAAAUCCCAUGAAUGGUCCAAUGUUAUGGUAGAAACUGAUUGA